GCCGCAGGCGGGGCGGAGCGGAGCACCGCCUUCCCGCGGGCACCACCACCUCCUCCUCCUCCUCCUCUUCUCUCCCGACAUGGCGGCCCCGGCAGAGCUCAGCGGCCUCAGCGACGAGGCGGCCUAUGGCGCCUGCUCGGAGCCGGAUGCCAGCACGAAGGAUUUUUUGUUGCAGCAGACAAUGUUGAGAGUAAAGGAUCCUAAGAAAUCACUGGAUUUUUAUACAAGAGUUCUUGGAAUGACACUGCUUCAAAAAUUUGACUUUCCUACUAUGAAGUUCUCGCUCUAUUUCCUGGCGUAUGAAGAUAAAAAUGAUAUCCCGAAAGAUAAAACUGAGCGAACAGCUUGGACCUUCUCUAGAAAAGCUACACUUGAACUGACACACAACUGGGGCACUGAAAAUGAUGAAAAUCAGUCUUAUCACAAUGGCAAUUCAGAUCCCCGAGGAUUUGGACAUAUUGGAAUUGCUGUCCCUGAUGUCAAUAAAGCUUGUAAGAGGUUUGAAGAACUAGGAGUGAAAUUUGUGAAAAAACCAGAUGAUGGUAAAAUGAAAGGACUUGCAUUUGUUCAGGAUCCUGAUGGCUACUGGAUUGAAAUUUUGAAUCCUAACCACAUGGUGACUCUCACUUAGUUCUAAUGAAAUAUAUUAUGUAGGAGAUGCCCACUUUCAGUCCCCUGGAGAAAAUCUGUAACAGUGUUUGUGAAAUUCUCGCUUAAUGGAGAAGAAUCAGUCGCAUUCAGAGUCUCCUCUAAAACUAUCCCCUGGGACCUCACUGUACUUGAAUUCCUUUUUUCUUGUCUUGUGAUACCACUGCAAUUUGUUUCCAGUUAGGAAUAUUUAACCAUUUUUUGGAAGAGCGCCUACGCAGAUUCUCCUCUUGAACAGUGUUUAUGUUAAUAUUUCACUAAACACUGUCAAAAGAUAGGUGACCAGAAAUUCACUGCAUCUCACUAACAACAACAAAAAAUCCUGUGUUACUACUGAUGAGCUUUAAUAAGGAGCAAAAAAAACCACUUCAGAAUAUUUUUUUAAUGAAGUCAGAAGAUCCUGAAGGCUUCAUGCCCUAUCUUGUAUCCUAGAAAAUAAAAUGUUAGACUAACUUUGACUUGAGUAGUAACAUGUUAAUGAAAGUCCUAAGCUUACUUAUAUUAUGCCAGGCAAAACUCUUCAAGGAGCAGCCUUAAACAGCCUUGCCUGGAACAAGAAGCUUUGUGGAGGCAAUAAAUCAGUCCAACAGAAGGAAUUCAGUCUUUCAGCUUCUGGCUGCUGAUUGACAGCCAAGAUAAGAGGUCUCAUAGUUGCUAACUCACAGUGAUCCUUCUUGUCUCUUCCAACACUAGAAAGAACUUGCUUGUAAUUUUUGUUUCAGUGAAAGUCUGGGACUAUAAAAUGCUCUGUACAUUCUGCAUUAGGAAAUUAAUGAAAAAGAGUAUCUGAAACAACAGUUUCCUGCUAGUAGACAUUUUGAUCUGCCCUGUCAAAAUGAGUGAUGGUUACUGAAACGAUACCUGUCAACAGCAGGAAAACAUGUAGCAUUUACAUAUGUUACACAAAUUACUUGGUUUUGUGCUGUUGCAGCUGUUACGAAUGGUGUAAACCAUGUCAAGUUUUGAAAUCCUGUUGUUCCUUCCAGCAAGGAAAGAAACUCUCUGCGCUGUCUUACUGUGGUUCAAGUAGGACUUAACUCCUACUAAGUCUUCAGUUAUGUGACUAUUGAAUAGUGUAAUGGCAUUGCAAUUGACUUCCAAAUAAAGCAUUGGUGAAAACUACAAAAUAACCUUAAAGCAGUAUGACCUGUUGCUUUGCUAAUUGUUGAAUCCUAGGUAACUGAAAGGGUAUUUGUUUUGGUUCAUGGAUUCUUCUUUGGUAACAAAUCUGGUGGUAAAAGAAUAUGAAUUGGGAAUACAGUAGUGAAGAAGGUAACUGUGUGACUUGGUCAACAGGAUGUUUUAGUAACUUAGUGAUAAUGUACAGAGUUAAUAAUAACUGUCAAUAACUCUCUGGCUUGUAAGUUAAAACAGAAAUGUAGAAAGUACUGCAUUUGAUUUCUGCUAUGCUAAUGUAGAUGUUAAUGAUUUAAAUGCUAAGUGUUGCUGUCCUAUCUCCUUAUCCGAAAAACCCUUAAUUCUGUCUGCCUUAACAAGAUAGCAUAUAUAAACUCAGUGAUUUUACAGAGCUCCACAUGAAAAAUCUUUCAUAAAACUUAAUCAAAGAUAUUUUGUUUACCCUUGGAAAUGAGUAAAAUAGAUUAUAUGCUUCAUCUGAGCCUUAGGUGUUGGAAAAAAGAAUGUGAAAACUAUUGCUCUGCUUAAUAGCCCCUACGGAUGUGCAAGCAAUCAUAAAUUCAUCGGAAGGUAGACACAGUAACUCAAAAAAUAAUCUUUUUUCAUUUUUCUGUUUGUUACAUGAAACAACCCUGAUAUUUUAAUUUGUCAUUUGUAUGAUAUUUUCUGGCUAGUAUCUACAGAUACUGGUCUUUAGGUGGUGCCUUAUCAGUGUCAUUCAUAUACAAUAGAUUCUUUCCCUUCUUGAGUUAUUUGUCAAGUUGCCUUUUUUUCUGCAACAAUAAACACUAUUGGUUCAUGGUUGCAUCCUCUA